AUGAAAACAGAGAUUAAGAAUACUAUGAUGGAUGAUAAAGUCAAAGAGGAAAUUAAAUAUAUGCUAAAAACAAGUUAAUUUGAUGAAUAGACUCAAAAUCAAUUGGUUUCUACUUUAGACACAAUCUAUGACUUGUGGGAAAAUAUUAAGAAAUUAUCGCUUAAGUUUUUUGAGAGAGAAAUAGAUAAAAAUUUGAACAACAUAAAUAAUCAGCUAAAAGAGUUAUAAGAAAAGAAGAGCUCAGUUCUGAUUUCUUUUUUUAAAAUAGAUAAAAACACACAAGACCUUUAAUCUUCUAUUAAAUUUCAAUUAUUGGCGUUAUAGAAAUACGUCUAGUCAAUUUACAAUUCGGUUGAUCGUGAUACCUCAAUAAUCAAUGAGUAAGGGAUAAUUGAAUUAAAUCAUAUCCGAGCAAAACUCCAAUUUGUAUUAAACCAUCCAAAAUAUUAAUCUAUUGGAAUUAUAAUAGAAUUUCUAAUUGUUGAAUCAGAUUUACCAAAUGAAUAUUAAAUGAUCAUUUCACACAAAUACUUAAUUUAGAAAUUUGAAUAAUCCUAUGGAAAACAAGAAACACUCCUUCAUAAACUCAAAAAUCAAAACGAUAAGGCAUUUAUUAUUUUGACAUAUAAUGUUUUUGAAAAAUAGUUGACUUUAUAAACAGAACAUAACCCAUAUAUUAUUAUAUCAAGUGUGAAUCAAUCCAGAAUUUAUUUAGACAAGGGGAUGUUGUUGACAUUCGAGAAUUUUUAUGAAUUAAAAGUAACUCAAACCAACACUAAAAACAUUAAUUUGGAGCAAUUAUCAAGUUAUAAUGAAAUUAAGUAAGAUAAAUGUGAAGGAACAGUUAAAAUAGAUGGAUAUGGGUAUAUAUAAUUUGAGAUUACAAAUUUAAAAAGAAAGAAUGUAGAAUUUUACCUUAAGAAUUCAAAUUUAGACUUAAGCAAUCACUUAUCUGGCUUAUAAGCUAUUCUUUAUCAUGACAGCAAUGGGUUUUAUGUGAUUCCUAAGCAAAAUGCUGACCCUUACAAAUUAGUUUACGAUAACAAAUUAAUAACCAAGGCUUCUCCCAUAAAUGUCGGAAUAUAGAUAUAAAAUAAAUUUUGGAUAGAAGUAGAACUAGAUAAAAUUGAUAGUGAUUGCUUUGUGCUUGACUGA